AUGAUGGAGUGCGUGGAUUGCUCGGGCGUCUACAUCGACGAUCGCGUGCAGUCGGAGCGAUGGGUGCGCCGAACUUCUAUCGACGCAUCCACCGUCUCGUCGACCGGAUCGUUCGCGCUUCCUGACGAGCCCGACGGCCUCCAGGCCGAUGUGGAGCAGCUACUGGAAGUUUGCAAAAAGAUCUAUUUAUGCAGCAGUGGAUCGUCUCUUGCCAGUAAGCUAGCUGAGCUGAAUGACCGAUCCGUCAGUGACUGCGUCCCCGUAUUCGCCUUCUUCGGCAUCGACUUCUCCGGCGAUGAUACAAAUCCGGCACGCCGGAAAGCCAGUCGAGCCUCGUGGAGUGACAAUGCACCGCCUUCACCCGGAUCGAUUCAACGCACAUUCACCUUCUCCUCACAUCAAGACGAAGCGCCCGGCCUGUCCCUUUUGUCGGGCGUGUCGACCGAUAUCCAAGUUCAAGAUGGUUUAAACUUGGUCGUUCCCAUUGCCAUUAUGCGAACAGCCGGUGCCAACGCCAAUACCACCGAACCCACGAGUGAACCACAGAGUCAUAGCCAUCUCACGGUCGAGCACAAGCAGAUCGCUCGGUGUCUCGAUGCCGGUGCUCUCGAUGUCCUAAUGACCCCACUGGAUCGAUCUCGAAUCCAGGGACUGGUGGUUCAAGCGUAUCGGGCACGACGAUCUGCACAAAAGGAAAUGUCUCGGUUUCUGGCACGAAAGAAGCUGCGCAAGCUUUCCUGGGUUGGUGUGAACGAUGAGCAACCGUAUGCAUAUUUGCGAGAGGCAAUGGUAUCGAAACUGAUGAAGGGCAUCUGCAACCCCGAGGAAGAGAUCGUCGACGAAUUUCAGGACCACGAACUUAAUGUUAAUCCAGACCGCCAAGCUUUCGUGAAAGAGCAAGUGGGUAGCUGGAAGUUCUCAGCUCACGAGUUUUCAGACGACGAGCUGGUCUUCAGUGCCUGCCAAAUGAUUCAGCAUGCUUUUAGCUUGCCCGGGCUGGAGCAUUGGCGGUUGACGUCGGGCGAACUGCGAACCUUCCUCCUUGCCUGCCGGGCCGCCUACAACUCCUUCGUUCUCUAUCACAACUUCCGCCACGCCAUUGAUGUCUUGCAAUCCGUUUUUUGCUUCCUGCUCCAUAUUGGUGCCUUGCCUCCCUACGAACCGGUCGGCCAAGUUCCUGUAUCAAAAUCACCUAUCGCCUCUCUACUCUCGCCCUUCGAUGCCCUUACUCUCCUCAUCUCCGCAAUCGGUCACGAUGUCGGUCACCCCGGUGUCAACAAUUUCUUCCUUGUCAAGCUCAACGCACCGCUGGCACAACUUUACAAUGACAACUCUGUCCUGGAGGCGUUUCACUGUGCCGCAUUCUCGCAGAUCCUCCGUCGCCACUGGCCUGCCGCGUUCAAGGACAAGCAACUCCGAAAACUGCUGAUCAGCUCUAUCUUGGCGACGGAUAUGGGCGUUCACCAGAAGUUUAUGGAACGGAUGGGAUUUCUGCAAGAGAAAUUCUACGAGAAUCAGAAAUCCAUCGAUGGCUGGAAGCCCCAGGACGUUGAAAUGUACAAGACCUUAUUGUGUGGACUGUUGAUCAAGUGCGCCGAUAUCAGCAACGUGGCCCGGCCGUGGAAGAUUGCUGAAAAAUGGACUCGGAUCUUGCAAGAGGAGUUCGCUAACCAAGGAGAGAUGGAAAAGGAGGUUGGCAUGGAAACUGCGCUCUUUGGUGGACCCCCAGAGUUGGGAAACAUCUAUAAGCUCGCCACCGGCCAGAUAGGCUUCAUGUCGAUCUUCGCGCUCCCACUUUUCGAGGGGAUCUCCGACCUUCUGCCCCAACUGCAGUUCACGGCAGACCAUAUUCGCCGCAAUCAAGCCCAAUGGCAACAACAUGCGAACGACGAGCUUCGGAAACAAGGCCUGCCAAUUGAACACCGUGCGGAAAUUACGGUCUCGCCUCGCUCACAUAGCCCUGCACCUGCGGUUGAUUCGGACGACACCGAGAAGGCUCCUCAGGGCGACAAGGGCAAUGCCCCGGAUGAUCCCUCCUCACCUGGAUCCAGCUACAGCACGGAAUCAGAGAAUGGCGCUUACAAUGAGAACAAUAUCGAGCCGGUCGUGUCUCCAGACACCCCGGGUCCUCAGAUCGAGAUCACCGGAAGCCCGAUGGGCCCCGAAGUGCCGUCUCGAAAAUCGUCUAGCGCCAUGCCCGACCUGUCGUAUUUCUCCAUUCCAAAUGCACCCCAGUCGAUCCGGGGCUCCGUCGGAACCCAAUAUCAAACUCCGCUCACAGAUACAAACCGCGCUCCGGGAGACCCUGCCGUCUUGGCUGCCGUCUUGUACGCGAAUUCGGCUACUAAUGGCGGCAAUGCCCCGACAAAUCCCAAUCCCCCUGAGCCUGACCAAGCCAGUGAGACUACCUCCGAUCGACCAAGUAGCUCUCGCCAAGGUCCUUCGCAGGGAUCUCAGCGUCAUCACGCACAUCACAGUUCGUCCGCCCGAACUUCGGCUCCGUCGAACUCAAACCGCAACAGUUGCACUCGGACACAAAGCGUCAGUACAUAUAGCAACAACAUGGCUCCAAUUUCCCCCGCUACGAAUGUCACAAGCUUUUUAGCGGUUGAUAGCGGAGAUGAGAAGCGAGUAACAGACGACAGUGCACCGCAAAGCGAAAUUGGCGGUCCCGACGAUGCGAGUACCCGUCCGAGUACGUCGUAUGCUUCAGUUGGUGGCGAUUGUGAGAGCAGCUACAGUCGCGGUCAGGGUUCUAUCGUGGAUGCCGGCCACUCACGGUCCGAAGAUGGAACCACCAAAGACCAGAAAUCUGCCAUCAAUGGGACUCGCAGCCCUACCCAGUCUACGACCACCGGCGAUAGCAUCAAAAACGAAAGCCCGCAUGGCGAUGACUCGCGCAAUGGUGCCCUACGGCGCAUCUCGAAGCGGCGGAGUCGGCUGCGGCUUGCCUUCUGGAAGCGCCGUAGCCACCACCCGGAGGUACACGGCGAAAGUUGA